GCGGUGGGUACAAGUAGUAGAUCUGCCACUCUUUCAUUUCUGUGCAGCUGAUCCGAGGAGGGUAGAGGUCGCUUCCGAAACCUCCAUCUCCUCCCCCUCCUCCUCCUCUCUCUCUCUCUCUCUCUCUCUCUCUCUCUCUCUCUAUAUAUAUAUAUAUAUAUAUAACAUGGCGUCGACCGAGAGCUCCACCGACAAGAACGCCGUUUUUCGGAAGCUCAAAGCGAAGCCGGAGAACAAAAUGUGUUUUGAUUGCAAUGCGAAGAAUCCGACAUGGGCUUCUGUUACGUACGGGAUCUUUUUGUGCAUCGACUGUUCCGCUGUUCAUCGGAGCCUCGGAGUUCACAUCAGCUUCGUUAGGUCUACCAAUUUAGACACAUGGACUCCAGAGCAGUUAAAGAUAAUGAGCUUUGGAGGAAACAACCGCGCCCAUGUUUUCUUCAAGCAGCAUGGAUGGACUGAUGGAGGCAAGAUUGAGGCCAAGUUUACCUCAAGAGCUGCUGACUUAUAUAGACAGAUACUUGCAAAGGAAGUUGCUAAAAGUUCUACUGAAGACACAGGCGUGCCAUCGUCCCCAGUUGCUUCUCAGUCAAUGCAUGCCUCGAAUGGCUUUACUGAUAAGAUUGCAGAAGCACCUAAAGAAAUUUCCUCUGUGAAGCAAGAAUCUUCUGAUGUCUCUGUUUCACCUAAAGCUUCUCAUACAGCGUUUACUUCAUCUGUUAAAAAGCCUCUUGGUGCCAAAAAAACUGGAAAGUCUGGGGGACUUGGUGCUCGAAAGCUAACUACUAAGCCAAGUGACAGUCUCUAUGAUCAGAAGCCUGAGGAACCUCCUUUACAAGGUCCAACCUCAAGCAAUAGCACCCCAACAUCCACUUUGUCUUUUACCUCGCGUUUCGAGUAUGUAGAUAAUGUCCAAGCUGCUCCCGUGAGUUCUGAUGGUACACAGGUGAUCAGCCAUGUAGCCCCUCCAAAGGCAACGAGUUUCUUUGCAGAGUAUGGAAUGAACAGUGGUUUCCCAAAGAAAACAGGCUUCAGUUCAUCCAAAGUUCAAGUUGAGGAAACUGAUGAGGCAAGGAAGAAAUUUUCCAAUGCUAAGUCCAUUUCAUCAGCCCAAUUUUUUGGAGAUCAGAACAAAGCUGCUAUGGAUGCUCAAGUUUCCUUGCAGAAAUUCUCAGGUUCAACUGCCAUAUCUAGUGCUGAUCUUUUUGGUGACACAAGAGAUGAUUUGCCCCUUGAUCUUGCUGCAAGUGACCUCAUUAACCGUCUCUCUUUCCAGGCACAACAGGAUAUCUCUUCUCUUAAAGAUAUGGCAGGAGAGACUGGGAAGAAGCUAAGUUCCCUGGCGUCCACUUUAAUGGCAGAUCUUCAGGAUAGAAUUCUGUGAACCCUCUGACUUGUGUGUUUAAAUAUCAUAAACCAAAAAAAAAAAAAAAAGUUUGCUACAGCAGAAACCGAUAUAUUAUGCAGUGUAUGUAAGAGUUAAAAUUCUUUUUCUAAAGACGAAAAUAAGAUUUAAAAACUGUGCUAUGCUUAUGUUAUCUUAAAGCUGGCAUUACUUAAUUUUCUAGUUGAGAAAUCUUUGUCAA